UUCAGUGUCGCGCGUCUCCUCGCGCCGGUCGCUUCGCUUUUUUGGUCUCGUCCUUACGCACACGUCGUUUCGCAAUUUACGCAAGUUAACGUCGCGCGAACAGUUAAAAUGAUCGCGAUGUGAAUUUGGCCGCGAGAGGCGAAGUGUUUUUCUCUCGCUCGAUAAUUGUGUCCGUUUCAAUUGCCUCGUACGAUCGACAAGGAUGCGGCGCGUCACGAUUCUAUUGCCUCUGCUCUCCUGUAUGUUCGCACUCUCUCAAGGUCAGGAUGGCGAACUUUACUUCUCGGUGAGUCCCGCGGAACAUUCAGUUGUUGAAGGAUCUCCGGUUCGUUUGAGAUGCGAGGCUCAACCGAGCUCGCAUGUUAAAUACUCGUGGAAAAUGGACGGACAGCAACUCGCUCCUAGCCCGCGGAGGCAUCAGGUCGAGGGCGAUCUUUAUAUCACCAGGGUCAAUCGGAUCUUGGACAGUGGAAGUUUUGUUUGUGUGGCCAUGCACGAGGAAACCGGCUACUCGAUUGAAAGUUCGCCCGCCAAGAUUAACGUUCAAUGGAUCAGCGAAGCCAGCGUGCAGCUGCAACAGCCGAAAUUGCCGUCCGCGAUCCGCGUGGGUAGCGAGAUCGAGCUUCGAUGUCACGUCGACGGCUCCGGCGACAUGACAUACGAGUGGUUCAAAAAUACGAUGAGCGUGACGCGAAGCGACCGUAUCGAGAUCAAGAAGAAGAAGCUGCAUAUACAUAGAGCGAUCGCCGAGGACAGCGGUAUGUACACUUGUCUGGCGAAGAACGAGGCGGGAUCCUCGCCGAUGACCGAGAGUUACCCGUUAAUCGUUUCCGGAAAUGAAACUGCGACGAUUAAGGUCGUUCCAAGAAAUCUGAUCGCUAAGCGCGGCGAACCGGCUGUGUUACACUGCGUCUUCGAGGACGCUGACGAGGUACAGUGGUUCUUCAAGGAAAUUGGUCCGCUGGAAUCCGACGAGGAACGAACGAUUCUCGAGAACGGAACUCUCGUGAUACACGCCGCCGAGCAAAGGGACCAGGGAUUUUACUCCUGCCACGGAAUAAGGGACGAGUCUACAAUCAGUUAUACGAUCGAAUUACAAAUUGCCUAUUUACUAAACUUUUCGAUGGCCGCUUUCGAGCCGAAACUUCCAACUCAGUUGGCGAUUGUUGGCGAGGAUCAAGAAUUCCAAAUAAGCUGUCUGGAGCCAUUAGGGGUUCCGCCGCCUAAAGUUUAUUGGAGGGAUCCCACGGGACAUAUAAUAAGCGAUACCGGCCUCGUACGAGUACAAGACAAUACGCUCAUCAUCGCAAAAGCAGAAAUGGGCAAGGACGAUGGCAAUUAUACCUGUACGGCCGAGAAUCUAGCCGGCGAAACGGAUAUAUCCGUCCAAAUAGUGAUAUCCACCCCGCCGAGUAUCAUAAGCUCUCCAGAAUCGCUCAGCGUGAUGGAAGGUGAUUCUGUGACAUUAACCUGUUCUUAUUUCGGCAUGGAACCGCCCGUAACGCAGGUGCACUGGUUGAAAGAUGGGACGCAGCUAAGGGAAUCGGGCGGACCGACGAGAUACCGCGUGACCGAUAAUCAUGGCAAUGUUACUUUGCACUUCAAGAGCGUUGAUUUGUCCGAUCAAGGACACUAUAUGUGCCAAGUAUUUACUAUGGGAUUCCCGUCCCUAUUUUCGGAUCCGGCCAUCCUCACAGUCGAGGAGAAGCUCAAAUUCUCGCCUCAACCUGUCAAUAAACGUCUAGAGCUCGGUUCUACGGUAAAGGUAUCGUGUAAGGCCCAGGGUGCCACGAAUCCCACGGUGAAGUGGGUCAAUGAGAACGAGGACGACGAAUUCCCCAAGCAUGUGCAGGAUAUCAAUGGCACUUUGCAGUUCAACGGCGUUCUAAUGGAGGACAAGGGUCGAUACACUUGCAUCGCGAGCAACGCUCAGGGAACCAUCAAUCACACGAUUACCAUCGAUGUAGUUAUUGCACCGAAGUUCACGAUACAGCCGCAAAAUCCAACGGAGGCAAUCGAGGGAUAUCCAUUGAUGUUACAUUGUGCCGCCGAUGGUGAUCCAAAGCCGACUAUUCAUUGGGAUAGGGAUUCCCGUAUGAAUAAUUUAGAGGAUCCUCGUUUCGAAGUAUUAAAGAACGGAAGUUUGUACAUUAAAGAAGUAUAUCUUAAUGAUGAAGGAAAAUACGGAUGUACUGCCGGUAAUAGCGGUGGUCUGAAGCGAGAGGAAUUUCAAUUAAAUGUGAAAGUUGGAGAUAAUUAUAGAGCCGAUAUGGAUUUGGAAGCUAGCGAUGAUGGUUCAAUGAUGACUAAAACGGUAACGAUCACUCUUAGCGCAGCCGCAGCAUACAUGGUGCUCGUUAUUGGUCUUAUGUUAUAUUGUCGUUAUCGGCGUCGUCGCAGGAAGCAACAAUACUUACAAGAACAAACAGAAGAAAAAAUGGAAAAUGGCGAUAUACCCGAAGAACAAACAGAGUUGAAAGAAACCGGUAAUAAAGCGAAUUCGACAAGCAAGAAGAAGGAAAACCGCGAUUCUCACAAAAGUGACGGCGCGGAUACAGCUCAGAGCCAAAGUAGUAAUCAAUCUAAGAAAUCCAAGUCGAAUUAUGACAAGAUUGCCGCUUCGCGAAGCAAUUUGAAGGAAUUGAAACCUCUCGGGCGAGGUGAAUUUGGCGAGAUUUAUGCUACGAAGUAUCAGAUCGAUGGCGACAAGGAAUCCUUGGUUAUGGUCAAGAGUCUUACGAAUACGAAAGACGAGACUGCUCUUCACGAAUUUAAGCGGCAUCUGGAUCUUCUCCAUAAGCUUAACCAUGAGAACGUUGUCAAGUUGAUCGGUCUGUGUCGAGAAGAGGAGCCCGAUUACAUGAUUCUUGAGUACACUGACUGGGGUGACUUGAAGCAGUUCUUAAUCGCCUCACGAAAAGACAACAAUCCAAGUCCAACGCAUGAAUCGAAACCGGCGCGUGCGCCUCAGCUGUCGGUGGCACAGAUACUGUCGCUAUCGAAUCAGGCUGCAAAGGGCCUAAAACACUUGGCUGAUAACCGACUGGUUCACAAAGACAUAGCCGCGCGCAAUUGCUUGAUCGCCAGCAACCUGACGAUUAAAAUUUCAUUACCAUGUAUGACCAAAGAGCCGUAUCAGCAGGAGUACACGAAGCAUCGAAACCAAGUGAUUCCGCUGAGAUGGUUACCUUACGAGGCCGUGUAUGAGGACGAAUACUCCACCAAGAGUGACGUGUAUUCAUUCUCCUGCCUGGUUUGGGAGAUGUUCCAUCAGGGCGAACUGCCGUUCAACAAGAUGAACGACGAAUCCGUACUAGCGCAAAUUAAGACACAGUCGCUCAUAUGGAAGCCGCACAAGGCAGCGCCGCCGGCUCUUCAGGAGUUACAAGCGCAGUGUUGGGCGAACGAUCCGCGCGAGAGACCAACCUUCGACGAGGUAGUCUCGAAAAUAGGUGAAAUUGUGGUCGACAGUUGCCUGUAAUUUGGGCGGCUAAAUUAUGCGAGGCUCUAAAUAUCGGAAAUACUGCAAUAAGGGUAAUGAUUGUGCGGAGCUGUACGUCGAGAGGUAAGGCUGACGAGCGCCGAUGAUUAACGCGGUGAUGACCCAUCCCGAGAUAGGUGAGGGGAACUUGAAAACGCCGCGGCUUCGCGCGCACGCGAGAAUAAUUAACCGGCUUUUUCAUAUUAAACGCUUCGUAUCAAUUAUAUACACGUAUAAUGGAUCGUAGGGGGAAUCCAUCCUUCUUUUGUAAAUGAAAAAUGCUUGCUCAUUAAUCAUUCAACGCGCGAGAAUUAUGUAUUUCACUGACGCCGAUACGUCCGCGCGAACCGUGAUGUAUAGACUAUAUGCGAAAUUCAAAUCGCACAUCUCGUACCAUUUUGAUACACUUCGUUACAUGUGAUCGAAUGAGUAACAUCUCUCUAUUGUACGAGAAGUUUUGAUAUAUUUUAUAUAUAUAUAUAUAUAUGGAGCUCUUGCAGGAAGGGCUUUACGCAGAGAUUCAUUUAUUAUCAUUGUAUUUUGAGCACUUUUAGAUUUUGCUAUCUUGUUACACAAACGUUUUUCGAAAUCGCACGAUCGAACAAUUUUCGUCUUAUAUCGCGAUUUUUGAAUGUUAUCUCAAUCUCCUCUCUCUAUCGUUUCCAUAUUACAUAUUAUGUAUCAAAUAGGUAGGUAGAUAUUAUAGUAAACCAUUGGUUCCACAAUAAUUAUUCAUAUUACAGUAUUUUAUCGUGUCCACACAUUAGCUCGAUAAGGAAAUAAUAUUUAUUUCGAAUAACGUCUCUCUCCGCUCCAUUGACUGUUCUAUGUCGGACUAAGUAACGAAUCUGUAUGGGCCCAUUACAAGUUAUUACGCAAUUAAUGCAAUACUUAUAGUAUACAAUAUCGAUAUAAUAAUAAGUAUGAUCACCAUACAUCGAAUACUUGUAAGGUAUGUUAAUCGUUACGACGAGCCAUAGAGUCGCGGAAACUGAUAACGAGAAUGUUUCAAUCGCUCGAAAUUACGUGGAUGUUCUCGAUGAAACGUCAGUGAUCGGACUCGGCGCUACAACGACACGCAUAUUAAGAAAGUAUCAUGACCAUAUCAAACGAAGGAAAUCUUGUCUCUGCCUACAAUACUUUUACACGCGCUCCGUUAAGACACAUACAUAUAAAAAAACUUAAGAAUUUAUAAUAUAUAUAUAUAUAUAUAUAUAUAUAUAUAUAUAUAUAUAUAAAUUUAUGUGUGAUAAAGACGUAAUCGACCACUCGUAUUUGACGAACAAGACUUUGUACAUACCGAUGGUAAAUGCGUAAGUUCUCUUUAAGCGCGAAAAACUAGUAUGAAUCAUCGUGUUAAUUUUCAUUAAUAAUGUGAUCAUUCGAAUACCCGGAUGAUUUUUUAUUGCUGGAAGGAAUUUCGUCGUGUUGAUAUAUCAGAGAUGAAAAAAUUAUGGCCUCAUGCUGGUGCGCGAAAAAAAUCGUAAUGCUACAGCAUACGCAGAAUGAUAUUCGAAAAUUUAUUUUUACAUAUGAAAAUUAAAAACGAUUAUACACACAAACCAGGCGAAGUAUCGCUCGCGAUAUUUUUAUGUAUCCAAGAGAUUUACGGUUUGAUAAAUGGCGCGAACAAUCUAUAUGUAACGGUCCAAUAAGAGAAAUGUACUAAGUAUAUACUCGACUCUCCAUAUUAUCCGAUUUGUACAACGAAAAUCAACGUUCGUAUAUUUUAACGGUAAGUUGUAACAUUGUUCUCUAUUUCUGCAUUCAAUUCUACUGUAAGUUAAUAAUACUUACGCGAGACAAUUACAAGAUACGCCUGUUGCUUCUUCCACUUUAUACAAGACUUGGGUCGAUAGUUCGAAAACGAGAUUCGAAGGGUAUCUAAAAAAAAUAACAUCUUUUAAUCGUGCAGUGACGGCGACAGAAAUGCUCGUAGAGAGAAAGAAUUGUGUAACUCGUUCGUAUUACGAUCUUAAUAGUUUGUCGAAAAAUUAAAGUGUGGCAUAGAAUCAUGUGAAAAAAUGUAGCGUAUGUCCGCAUUAGUUCGGCUUCGUCAGUUGGAAAUGUGCGAUCCAAUGGUUUCACAUACGGAUGAAAUAUAUAAAAUAAUUUAUGACCCUUGACACACAAAAAAAGAUGAUUGCGGCAAUUGUAAGAUUUACUCAAUUCACUUUUCUGAUCCCAAUCUCUAACGGCAUGUUUUUGAACAAAUGCGCAGUCAUCAAAAAGGAACUAUUAUUAGAUCGUGAAAGGAAUAUUAAGAAACAGAAGCACAAAUUGACGCAACAAAACUGCUUUUAAAUAUCUAUUUGGCAAGCCAUUUAAAAAGAAUUCUUUUGAAAAAAAGAUCUUUUCAGAGAAAUUAAAAAUUUCUGUCAAAGAAGCAACUAUAAGCGAAUCGCUUUGUGCAUGCUGAUAAAUAUAUGAUGUACUUUAUAUGCAUAUAGAUAUAUGAAAUAUUACGGUAACAUUGCCAAUGAGAAAUAUGCGACUGUUCUCUAAAUUUAAAGCACCAUCGUUGUACCGAACAUAGUAAAUCACGAAAACACUUUGUCUGCAUGGAAGCAUCUUCGUGGAUACUCUAAUUAAGAAUAUAAAAGCACGAAUAAUCCUUCAAGUAUCAACGGAUCAUCAGUACUCGUAGCGUCUCUACGAGCGAAUUUUAUAAUGCUUCCUAAAUGUUCGCUAUAUUCAUCAAGAAAUAUUCUUGUGAUCAGUGAUGGUGAGCGUACUUAAAGUAAUAUAAAAUUAAUUACGUGCUCUUUUCAGAUUUGAUUUCAACGAAAUUCGCGAUAGACGCACACAGAUAGGAUUAAAAAAAAUAUUCGGAGAUAUAGAAGAUGAACAGAAAUAUUAAUCAAAGAUACGUAUCUCUCAAGAGUUUUUCUGCAAUGAAAAUAAUUCGGCAUUUUUAUAUCAAAUAAUUUUUAUCACAAGUUGGAUAUAUCUGAAUGAAAAAGAAUUAAGUUGCAUGUGUGGUCAUUGCAAUGUAAGAUAAGCCACAAUCAUUUAAGCAUAAAGAUUCCGAGACAUACUCAUAUUUAAGUACGACUCCCUCUCACUGCUUGUAACAUAUAAACUACGCUAGGAAUAUACCUUGCAGCGAUCUAGCUCGUACUACGAGUACGUAAAGUUAAGGCCAAUUAUUCAAGUCCUAUGUGCUCAUAUCAUUCGCUCAGAUAUUCUCUCAUCGUGAACGACCAUCACUGCCAUAAAAAAAAAAACAACAACAA